AUGGCGACCAAGCAGAGGCCUUUCCACCUGGUGGUGUUCGGUGCCUCCGGCUUCACCGGCCAGUUCGUGACCGAGGAGGUGGCCCGGGAGCAGAUGGAGCCGGAGGGCAGCUCCCGCCUGGCCUGGGCCGUGGCGGGCCGCAGCCGGGAGAAGCUGCAGCGAGUGCUGGAGCGGGCGGCCGAGAAGCUGGGAAGACCGACACUCCCAUCUGAAGUCGGGAUAAUAAUUUGUGAUAUCAGUAAUCCAACCUCACUGGAUGAAAUGGCCAAACAGGCAACAAUUGUCCUCAACUGUGUAGGACCCUACCGAUUUUAUGGAGAACCGGUAGUAAAAGCAUGUGUUGAAAAUGGAACUAGCUGCAUUGACAUCUCUGGAGAACCUCAUUUUCUGGAACUAAUGUAUUGGAAGUAUCACGAGAAAGCUGCAGAAAAAGGGGUUUAUAUCAUUGGAAGCAGUGGCUUUGACUCCAUUCCAGCAGAUAUGGGAGUAAUAUAUACCAGCAGUAAAAUUAAUGGUACUUUGACUGCAGUGGAAAGUUUCCUGACUAUAAACUCAGGACCUGAGGGGUUGUGCAUUCAUGAUGGUACCUGGAAGUCAGCAAUUUAUGGUUUUGGAAAUCAGAGUCAAUUGAAAAAACUACGAGAGCAGUCAAAUCUGAAACCUGUCCCAAUUGUUGGUACAAAAUUAAAAAGAAGGUGGCCAGUCUCCUACUGCAGAGAGCUCAGCAGUUACUCCAUUCCUUUCAUGGGAGCCGAUGUGUCUGUUGUAAAGCGAACUCAGCGUUACUUGCAUGAAAAUUUAGAGCAAUUACCUGUUCAGUAUGCUGCUUACGUCACUGUGGGCGGCUUGGCCUCUGUGAUGAAGCUGAUGUUUGCAGGGCUCUUCUUCUUGUUGUUCGUGAAGUUUGGCAUCGGACGGCAGCUCCUCAUAAAAUUCCCAUGGCUCUUCUCCUUUGGUUAUUUUUCCAAACAAGGUCCAACACAAAAACAGCUUGAUGGCGCCUCAUUUACAAUGACAUUUUUUGGUCAAGGAUACAGCCACAGCACUCCUACUGAGAACAACAAGCCCAACGUCAGAGUUUGUACUCAGGUGAAAGGACCAGAGGCUGGCUAUAUAGCUACCCCCAUAGCCAUGGUCCAGGCAGCCAUGACCCUUCUAAACGAUGCCUCUGAUCUUCCGGCCGUGGGCGGGGUCUUCACACCCGGAGCCGCUUUCUGCAGAACAAAGCUGAUUGACAGACUCAACAAACGGGGCAUUGAAUUCAGUGUCAUCAGCAGUUCUGAAGUCUAA